CACUACUCCAGUCCAGGUUUUCCAUAUGAAGAGCGCCGGAGCCCUGGAGGUGGAUAAGCUGGUAGAGCCCGCUCUCUCUCGUGCCGUGCUGGGCCACAAGGCUCCGGGAGACGCUGCCACACAUUACAGAGAACCGGGGAUGGAGGAGAGGCGGAGAGAGGUGGAAGAAGAAAAAGUUUCGUUUAAAGCCGGCAGAUAAACUUUCAACAUGAAGCCUCGCCAUUUCACCACAGCAAAACCUGCGCUAUAGGAAAAAAAGAUAGAUUUCUCGUGGUAUUGUUUUUUUUUUUUUCCAUCUCUCCGCUUGUGUUUUUCCCCUUCCCCUGUUGUCAUUUUCUGUGCGCAAGGCUGGUCGGGGCUCGCUGUCACUGCGCUCUGAGAUGCUGGAGUGACCAUGGCUGCGCAAGUGGCAUCGGCUCCGACCAGAACUAAUAAUAAAAAUAAGAAAUUAUCCGGCGCUUUGGCUCCGGAGCUCAAUUCGGGGAAAUCCGGAGGAGGGACUGCGCAGCGGAGCGGACAGAUGCUGGGUGCCGGUGAUGGAACUCUGAAUAAUGUAGACCAUCACCGCCGAGGCGAGCUCGGCAACAUGGUCCAUUCAACUUCCGCGGCGCACAAAGCUCCGGACGGCCACGAUAAGACCGGAAUUAACCUCUCGGCGUCCAAGUCAAACACUUCCCCAAUGGAAGCGGCUCUGAUCGCGAACCACAAGCUGAAGUGUGCGGGGAGCGGAGAUACGCCUCAAUCUCACCCGCCGCCGCCGCAGUUUGGCCAGUUUGCGCCACAUCAGCAGCGACAAAGUAACAACAGCAACAACGGGCAGGCCCCCCGUGAGGACAGAAGUAUGGACCACCAGCAGCACGGUGGUAAGGAGAACCUGUUGGUGGGGCAGGAGGAGUCCCAGCAACAGCAGGGCCCGGGGAAAGGUGAGGGGGACCUCACCUGUAAACCGGAAAGGAUGGCCUCCAGGUUUGAACACUCCAACUUGGGGCCCCCUACCAACUCUGAGUUUAAUAACAGCUAUUACACUCCAAGGCCGUGUUAUGAUCAGCAUGGCGGGCAGCAACAACAAAGCAGUGGGAUGGGGGUAACACACUCCGUGGAGAACUCCCACGAAGGGGGGUACCACAACAGCCAGUACGGCCAGUAUCCUGCGUACCGUGCGGGCUACGGCGGCGGGGCCUAUGGGAUGAUGGGCGCCUCCGGAUGCAGGCAGCCAGGCAACAUGAUGAUGAGCAGCAACUCCUCAGCGAGCCACGGCAAGUCCCCUACAUCAGGAGGGUUUCAGAGGUACCCCGGGCAAACUCAGCAGCAGCAGCAGGGCCCCUCAGGGGCCACGCCAACCCUCAAUCAGCUUCUGACGUCUCCAAGCCCGAUGAUGAGGGGUUAUGGAGGGGCUUAUCAGGACUACGGUGCCCCAGCGCCUCAGCAGCAUGCCAGCAUGGCGUUGGGUAAAGAUGUGGGACCCCAAUAUGGAGCCAGCAAUGCCCAUUGGGGAGGGCAGAGGAACCACCCGCUUCCAAUGAACGCAAGCAGCGGAGGGCAGGGCCUCGGCAGAACACAGGUGCCCUCCAUGGACUUCAUGGCUAUGAAGCGCUCACAGAUGUAUGGAAUGACCAACAAUCCGUACUCCACUCCUCAACAGCCGGGGGGCGGGAAUUACCCCUCAGGCCAACCGUACGCAUCACCUCCUCCACAUCGAUAUCCAAUGAGCAUGCAGGGGAGGGGCCAAAUGGGCAUGAGUGGAAUGCAAUACCCUCAACAGCAGCAGGUUGCACCAUAUGGCCAGCAGCCGAUGGGGGGUUUUAGCAGGGAGCAGCAUGGAGGGCAGCAGGGAACCCCUCCGUACUUCAGCCCUCCCCAGCAGACUCCCACAGCCCCGUCCCAGAGUUCCUUCCUGCAACCUCGACCACCGCCGCAGCAGGAGGGUCAGCAGGAAAGCUACAGCAUCAGAGGACCUGCUCAAGGGAAUUCUGGGAAGACCAACAACGAAGAUGGAGUCUCCCAGGACCGUCCUUCCAGCCUGCCGGAUCUCUCUGGCUCGAUUGAUGACCUCCCCACUGGGACGGAGGCUGGCUUGGGCUCGGCCGUCGGCGCUGGCGGAUCCUCCAAUGGCAGCAGCAGCAGCAGUAGCCAAGGGGAGCCGGGAGGCACCAGUAACCAGGGACAGUCCCCCUUUUCCCCCCACGCCUCCCCUCACCUACCUGGCCAGAGGAGCGGGCUCUCUCCCUCCCCGGUGGGGUCUCCAGCAGGCUCCACUCAGUCCCAGCAGUCCCGUUCAGGCUCGGGACCAAUUUCUCCUGCCAGCGGACCCCCUGCCAACCCCACAGCUCCAGGUUCAACUGUGGCACCACUAAGCUCUGGAAAUGGACCAGAUGCAGCUCAUCUGCCAAUCACACGCUCUCCUAUGGCCCAGGAGAGAGGUUUUAUGUCGAACAUGCAGAGGAACCAGUCUGGCUCGCAGUUUGCGCCUCCCCAGUCGGCUCAUCCUAUGUUGCCCCACCCAUCCCACGGGGGAUCAAUGUAUCCCAGCAUGGGGCCGUAUUCGCAGAGUGGCCCCACAAAUCCCUAUGGCCCUCAAGGACCCCAGUAUGGACCUCAAGGUAACUACCCUCGGCCCUCUAACUACAUUGGGUCAGCCGGGAGCAGCUACAGUGGGCCCGGCCUGUCCAACAGUCUGGGGAUGAAUGCUACCAGCCCCAUGCACGGUCAGGGGCCCGGAGGCCGGAACCACGGCCCUGGGAGCCAGAACAGGACCUAUCCAAUUAUGGGUCCCACCUCUCCCAGCAUGCCACAACCAGCUGGGCCAGGAAUGGGUCCUCCAUCUAAUCGCAAGCCUCAGGAGGGAGCGGUAGCCAACUCGAUUCACAACAGGCAGGGAAGUUACCAAGGCCCCGGCACCAACCAAGUGAGCUCUGGCCCCUACAGUCAGCUAACAAGCAACAACAGCUCGACCACAGGCAACGGCCAAGGUCCAGGUUACGGUACACCACCUGCAGGAGCAAUGGGCCUCUCAGGAGACAUCAUAAUGAGCCCAGAAAGUAAACUGAAAAUGGAUGUCAAAGAUGACAGCGGCCCAAACAACGAGGCACACAAACCAAAGCUGCAGGAUGGUUACAUGAACAAUAACAACAGCAGUGUGUCCCAGCCGGCCACACCAGGCGGCACCCUGCAUGUGCCAUCCCCCCUCUCACCCAGUCCCGCCAGCCUGUCUUCCUACCACGGAGACGACAGCGACAGCAUCAGUAGUCCACCUUGGCCUCUGAAGGCCCCCUCCAGUCCUCAGAAAGCCAACCCUAACUCCUCCUCCAUCAGCGGCGAGCGGAUAAGCCGGCUGUAUGAUCUCGGGGCAGAGCCAGAGAGGAGAUCCUGGGUGGAGCGCUACCUCACCUUCAUGGAGGAGCGGGGUACACCUGUUUCCCAGCUCCCUGUUGUGGGCAAGAAGCCACUGGAUCUCUGGAAACUUUACAUUGCUGUUCGGGAAAUAGGAGGCCUCGCUAUGGUGAACAAGAACAAGAAGUGGCGCGAGCUGUCCAGCACCCUGAAUGUCGGUACAUCCAGCAGCUCGGCCAGCACGCUCAAGAAGCAGUACAUCCAGUAUCUGUUUGCCUAUGAGUGUAAGAUGGAGAGAGGAGAGGAGCCACCAACAGACAGCAACAGCGGCGGCAGCUUGACUGAAGGGGACAGCCGAAAGCAGGUCAAGAUCCAGCCGCCGUCACCUGCCAACUCAGGUGGUUCUCUCCAAGGUCCACAAACGCCUCAGUCAUCCGGCAGCAGCUCUACAGCAGAGACAGCAGGCGACCUGAAACCACCCACACCUGCCACCACCCCGCUGGGACAAGUCACUCCACUGCCCCCCAACAGGAGCAGUGUAAGCGUGCAGGACCCCUUCUCGGAGGUGAGCGACCCGGCCUUUCAGAAGCGGACGAGCAGCCUGCCCCCCUCAGCUCCCUACCAGCAGGCCCUCGGCAUGCCUGACAUGAUGAUGAGGAUGCAGUAUGACGCCAAGGACCCCUUCGCAGGGAUGAGGAAGAUGGCGGGAGCAGAUCCAUAUAUACCAAGCCAGAUGUCCAGUGGAGGUAUGCAGGACCUGUACGGUCGGCCCCCGUCAGGGCUGAGCAUGAGCCAGCGGUCCCAGUAUCCAUACGGGCCAGGCUAUGACCGGAGACCUGACCAUAUGAUGGGGAUGGAGGGAACCAUGGGCCCCCCUGGAAAUCAGAAUAACAUGGGACACUCAAACAGUGAAGGCAACAUGUAUUCUCCCAGCAGAUACUCCUCACAGCAGAGACACGACGGCUAUGGGCAGCAGUAUCCCAGCAUCUCAUACGGGAUGCAUCCAUCUGGGAUGUACCCACAGCAACAGGGUUACAAACGACCAGUGGAUGGAAUGUAUGGCCCCCCGCCCAAAAGACACGAGGGUGACAUGUACGCUAUGCAGUACACAAACCAGCAGCCCGACAUGUACAAUCACUAUGGUGGUGGGUACUCAGGCCCUGAACACAGACCCAUCCAAGGACAGUUCCCUUACUCCUACCACCGCGACCGAAUGGCCCCGUCGGGUCAGAGCCAGCACAGCAUGAUGGGUGGGGGGCCUGCUUCGAACCACGCUGCUGAGGGGCCCAACAUGUGGCCUUCAAGAACAGACCUCAGCUAUCCCUACCACAGCAGACAAGGGCCUCCGUCGCAAAUGCAGCCGUACGGCUCCAUUUGCAGAGACGACAUGGACGGUCGCAGCGCACACGACCAGUGGCACCGUCAGCCUCCCUACAUGUCAUCUUCAGGGGGCAUGGCCCCCAUGUCUUCACGCCAUUCAUCUUACACCAACCCCCCAUCCAUGACCAACCAUCUGCCUCGAGCACCCAGCCCAGGGGCCUUCCAGCGCUCCAUGGAAUCUCGAAUGUCACCCAGCAAAGCCCCUUUCAUGUCCCCCAUGAAGAUGCCUAAGCCAGGGAUGGGCAUGAUGGGCUCACAAGGCAGCGGUCCAAUUGGUCAGUUUCCUCCUAACCUAAGAAGGGACCUUAACUACCCGCCGGGGUCAGUGGAAGCCACGAUGCCAAUUCUCAAGCCAAGACGCAAGCUCACCUCAAAGGACUGUGGAACACCCGAAGCCUGGCGCGUGAUGAUGUCUCUGAAGUCUGGUCUGCUGGCAGAAAGCACGUGGGCUCUAGACACCAUCAACAUCCUGUUGUAUGAUGACAACACCGUGGCCUCCUUCAACCUCUCCCAGCUGCCUGGAUUCCUUGAGCUAAUUGUGGAGCACUUCCGCCGCUGUCUGAUCGAAAUCUUUGGAAUUCUGGAAGAAUUUGAGGUUCGGACAAUGGUUCCCAAAAGCCAUCUGGAUUCUGGUUCUACCCGAAACGAGGGUGCCACCCAAGACAACGAGACAGAACCUGCAAUCCUGUCGGCAACUGAACCCUCCUCAACAACAGAAAUACAGGAGAAUAAAACAGGAGGUACCAAGGAGGAAAGUUCACCUGUCGCUGAAGAACAGGCAGAGGUGCAGGAUAUGAAUCAGGAUACCAAUAUGACAAAUAAAAAGGACAACGUGAAUAAAGUACAAGAAGGAAAAGAAACGGAGGGAAAAGAAACGGAAGCAAGUAAAACGAAAAAAGGUUGUUUGGAAGAGCCUCCUGCAGAGUCCGAAUCUAAACCUAAACAGGCCAGUAAAUACGAUAAACUCCCCAUCAAGAUCGUGCACAAAGACGAACUGAUUGAAGACCUAACUGAGCGCUUGGGUUACGUCACCGAGUUUGACAGCGGGCUGCUACACUGGCAGGCAGGCGGAGGAGACUCAACGGCACACAUUCAGACACACUUUGAACUGCAGAGCGAUCCUCCUGCCAGGGUGGGUAAAAACACAUCGAGUGAGAGCAAACCAGAAAACAAGAUGGAGGAGGAAAACGGGAAGCCACCGAAGCAUAUCACCGCUACUAUUGAUGACGUUUUGUGCGCGAGGGUUGACGCCCUGUCGUACGCCCACCCUGCUCGAUCGUUGCCAUCUUACCCCUUUAGGGUGCAUCCAGACGGGGAGGAUGACCACAUUACCCUUCUGGAGGACGAGCCCCGCUGCCUGGACGAGGCUCCGCUCUGCACGACCUCGUCCUGGCAGGACUCCCUCUCCAAGAGGUGCCUUUGUGUUUCCAACAUAGUGCGGAGUCUGUCCUUUAUCCCUGGGAACGACAUGGAGAUGUCUCGCCAUCCUGCACUCGUUCUGCUUCUGGGCAGGCUACUUUUGCUGCACCACACUCACCCCGAAAGGAACAGGUCAGCACCCAGCUACCAGAGGGACGAGCAACAGGAGCGGGGACUGUCAACUAGCAAAGAGGAGUGGUGGUGGGAGUGCCUGACUCUGCUCAGGGAGAAUGCCAUGGUCACGCUUGCCAACAUCGCAGGACAUCUUGAUCUCUCGACCUAUUCUGACACUAUCUGCCUCCCCAUCCUGGAUGCCCUACUCCACUGGAUGGUUUGUCCCUCGGCGGAAGCCCAGGACCCCUUCCCGUCAGCGGCGCCGCACUCCCAGCUCACUCCCCAGAGACUGGUGCUGGAGUGCCUCUGCAAGCUCAGCAUCCAGGAUGGCAACGUGGACCUCCUGCUGGCCACGCCACCUUUCAGCAGACAGGAAAAACUCUUCGCGGUCCUUGUGCGAUACGUCGGUCAGAGGAAAACGCAGGUGUACAGGGAGAUGGCGGUGGCCGUCCUCUCGCACCUGGCGCAGGGAGACCCCACGGCAGCACGCGCCAUCGCUUUGCAGAAGGCUAGCGUGAGCAACCUGGUCGCCUUCUUGGAGGACGGUGUCAGUAUGGCGCAGUACCAGCAGAACCCGCACAGUUUGCUGCACAUGGGACACCUUCCAAUGGACCCGCCCAGUGUAAACAUGAUGUGCCGAGCCGCUAAAGGUCUGUUGGCCAUGGCUAAAGUGGAAGAGAACAAGAAAGAAUUUGUACUGUAUGAGAGCAGAUUAUUAGACAUCUCCAUUUCCUCAGUGCUCAACACGGGGGUGGUCGCCAUCGUUUGCCAAGUUCUCUUUCACUUGGGAAAAUCAUGACAGGACUCAGAUGGCAGACAGUAAGGCUAAAAAUAUAUCUCUGUGGUUUUCUAUUUUUAUUUAUCAAAAAUGACAGAAAAUGUUUGUGUUUUUUUAAAAAAUAAUAUCUGCAUCAAUUGCGUCUAUUAAUGUACAUAUGCUGAACCCUGUUAGAAAAAAAAGUGGGUUUAGGACAUGAAAGCUCAUUUUAAUACAAAUAUUUAAUACCUGCUGGUUAUGGAGGGUUUGUGUUUUGUUUUGUUUUGUUGCCGUUUACGUUUUCAGCCAAAGCUGCCACCGGAUUGUGGUGCUGAAAUGUGCGUUUCUUUCAAGUUAAUGAGCCGGAUUUUUCAGUUUUAUAAAUAUGAACAUGCUCAUCAACAUUUUUGUUGAUGGAGAGUAUUUAUUUAAUAUGUGACACUGUACAGUUGUUUGAACGUUCUUGCCAACAAUUGUGUGGAGGAAGGGCGCGUGGGUAAAAAGAAAAACAUGGACUUUUUAAAUUGAAAUGUUUUUUCUCUCCAUUGCUGGAAGAUAAAUUGUGCAAUAGGACCAGAGAGAGUUGUCCCUUUUCUUUUUUCUUUCGAAAAACAGGAGGAUGUAAAACUUCAAGUAGCUGCAGUGUGUGCUUCAGGCCAUGGGGAGGCAGCAUUGCACCAGCCAAUCAACAAAAGAGCUUAGCAUCAGUCAAAAACACUUCCUAAUUUAUCAAUCAUAGCCUCAAUGAUUUCACUGAUGAUCUUUGUGUUUACUCAAACACGUGUGUUAUGUCUGUAUUUUUCAUCAGUGUGUAUUUAACAGUUUGUGCAAUGGAUGCGCGUGACUCUUUCGGUCUAAAUCGUGCGUCACAGCAGAUGGGAGUUUCAGGCUAUUAUAACAAAUUCUUUUAUUGUUGUUAAAAUUUCGUAAUGUUAUUAUACAUAUUUUGUUUAUUGGGUCAAAUAUUUGAACAUCCCAGAUGUACCCGAUGUUUCAAUGUAAAAAAAAAAGAAAAGAAAAAAAAGACAAACUUGUAUGCAUUGUAUUAUAGCUGAGAAAACAAUCGCUUUGGUAAUUAAAAUGUGAAAGUGCCAGGGUGAGAGAAUAUCUACCACUACAUGGAAAAAGACAAAAAAAAAAACAGAACAUAUUUCUUUUUGUUAUAGUUAUCCAUUCACAUCAAUGGGCAUAUUUUUUAACUUUACGUACUUCUCUUAAACAAAUAUGUGAAAAGAACCAUCAACAAUGUCCUGAGAGCUCAUUGUAAAAAUUUGCCUUUUUUUCAUAUGACUCCUUGUCUUUUACUUCUGUAAACACAUUUAUACAAUGUGCUGCACAUGUCACAAAUAAAUGUACGAUUAACAUCGUUAAGCACUGGAGACGUCGCAUUAUGUCCUGACAAUCUUAGGCCAAUAAACAAACAUCAACUGCUUA